AUGGUGGUUACUAGCAAUGGAAAAUAUGACUGGGCUAAAGAAGUGAAGGAAUUUGAUGAAACAAAAGCUGGUGUCAAGGGACUGGUGGAUGCCGGAGUAGCGAAAAUUCCUCAGUUUUUCGUGCAUCCACCAGAAAGUUUGGCAACACCAGGUAAAACCGCCAAGAACGUUCAACUUGAGUUGCCCACGAUAGACUUUGAAGGGGUUGAAACUGGUGGUGCAAGGCGGAAGGAGGUUGUGGACCAGAUUAGGAAGGCGGCCAGGAUGUGGGGCUUUUUUCGAAUAGUGAAUCAUUGCAUUCCAUUACAUAUAAUGGAUGCCAUGUUGGAAGCUGUUAAACGAUUCCAUGAACAACCAGUGGAGGAGAAAAAGCCUUUGUACACUGCUGACAGCAGACAAAGAAUUAUAAGCAAUGACAAGUCCGUAAGUGUGGAGCAUAGAGUAUUGGCUCAAUCGGUCGGGCCGAGGAUCUCAGUUGCAUGCUUCUUCUACCCAAGUCUUAGAGCAGGAGCAAAGCCAUUUGCACCUAUAAAAGAAAUUCUGUCUGAUGAGAAUCCAACCAUAUACAGAGAAUUCUUAUUCAAGGAAUAUUGCGAGUAUUAUAAGACAAAGGGACAAGACGUUUCCUCUGCUCUUCCUCGUUACAGGAUUGAAGGAAUCAUUCCAUAA